AAGCGAACAAGUGGCGGGAAGAAGGGUUUUAGGUGGAAAAAGGUGACAUUUUUCUGGGAGCUCUCAGCGAUGAUGCAACCAAAGAUCAGCGCUUUCUUCAAGCCAUCUGAUCCGAAAUCGUUGGAGAAGUGUGAACAUCCUGAAUCUGAUCUCCAGAGGGAAAAUGAGGAAUUGAAUCUAAAAUCAGCGAAAUCUGGAUCAAAAAUUGCAUCUGCUAACAAAAUUUUGAACAAGAAGAGAAGUUAUGCUCAGUAUCAUUUGGAAUUAGGGCAAUCUGAUUUCCUUCUUCACACUUGCAAUGUGUGUGGAUUGAUGUAUGCCAAGGGAGAAGAAGAUGAUGAGAAGGUUCACAAAGAGUUCCACAAGGAAUAUUAUGAGGGUAUUCGAUUCAAGGGAUGGCGCAAUGAGAGGGUUGUCGCUGAGCACCGCAAUGCAGGAGAUCGGGUUUUGAUGGUUGUCGAUGAAGACUCGCCGGUGCAAAAGCGCAAGGUUUCGCUUCAAUCUGUUCUUAAGUUCAUCGAAAAGGAGCUCGGGUUCGCUGAUGGAGAGAUUCUUCAUAAACUCUGCAAAGCAUACCUUUAUAUUUCAAGUCAUCGAAUUGUCGGUUGUCUUGUUGCUGAACCAAUAAAAACUGCACAUAAGGUCAUUGUCUCACAUCCCACUGCCAAAAAUUUGAGUGAUACAACCGAAAAGUCUGAUUCCCGAAGACUGAAUAAAACUCUUCUUCGAUUCGGAGACAUUGGUUUUAAUCAGGAAGUCAUAAAGAAAUGCAAAUCGACAAAGAGUUGGGAGACAGAUCAAUGGGUGAAUGGAGCAAUUCUCAGUGAGGAGAAAGCCGUGCCAGCUCUUUGCGGUGUUAGAGCAAUUUGGGUUGUUCCUUCUCAUCGACGACAAGGAAUCGGUUCAAAGUUGUUGGAUGCCAUGAGGAAGAGUUUUUGCGCUGAUAAACAGUUAGAACAUGCGGAAUGUGCAUUUUCUUCGCCAACAUCUGCCGGGCAUGCAUUAGCAACCAGUUACACCCACAGUAUGUCAUUCUUGAUUUACAUGUCCGGAGAUGUUUGACGGAGUUUAAAAUUUUUGUUUUAUUAGAAAAUUUUCAAGGGGAUUAACUGUUAA